AUGUGUGAUCUGUGGAUUGGUUGCUAUCAUGUUUUCGUUUCUUUGGCCAAGUAUGGAAGGGAGAACAGACGUAUGCAUGAGAAAACACAAGUGCAUGUCAAUAUUGUUGGUGGGGGCAGUAAUAAGUCCCGGAAACUAUCUUAUGCUAAUGUUAUGAAGGUUGAUACUGUUAAGUCGAAUAAGGCUGGGAUUUUACUUAAUCUUGAGGGUAAGGAUAUUGUUAAUGAUCUGGCUUUGAAACCAUCAGUUUUCUGUCAAGUUAGAAGUGUUAGGUUGAUUCCAAAGUUAUUUCUUUUGCUGAAAGAGGAAGGUUUUCAUGAGAUACAGAUAAAAUAUUUGGGUGGUGAUUGGGUUUAUGUGGAGUUCGAAUCAGAGUUGGUGUGUGCGAAGUUUAAGAAGUCUUCUUCUGUUGGUGCUUAUUUCUCUAACUUUAGGCACGUGGUUAAUGGGUUUAAGGUCUUAGAGAGGGUUGUUUGGAUUGAAAUUCUUGGUUUACCAUGUUGUGCAUGGAAUGAUAGUGCAGUGAAUAAGGUGGCAGGAUUGUGGGGUGAAGUGUGUUUCUUGGAUGAUGAUAAUCAAGCUCCAUUGGCGAUUAAAAGAGUUUGUAUCAAAACAAUGAAACCUUCAUUAAUUCAUGAUAAAUUAUCUCUGGUGGUUCAAGGAAUUACGUAUGAGGUAGUGGUCAGAGAAUUGUCAAAUUGGGAACCGAAUAUUUUAUGUAGUGAAGAAGCUUUAGAUUGUGAUAUCCCGUCUCUCUCGGAUGAUGUGGAAAAGGGUGGUAAUGAUUUUGAUGAUGGUGUUGCUGAAGAGGAAGGAGAAAUGACACCUAGGGGUAAAGUUAAGCCUAUUAAUAUGGAGAAUGAUAAUGCAUUUGGCAUGGAACAAGAUUAUGGGUUCAAACCGGUGCCAGUAGAUGUUCAUGUGACUGAAUCGGCUGAUGGUGAUGCUGUUCCGUUAGGCGAUGAGGUUCGUGUGCCUGAUCCGAUAGAUACUGCUGCUGAUCCGAUUGAUACAGGGAUAGGCCCUACAGUGGAGGUUGUGCAACGGGUGGGUGAGGAGAAUGAUUCGACUGAGUCUCUUUCACAGCCACCUGGGUUCAGGCGUGAUGUCGAGAUGGAACAUGGGAAUAGUAAAAUUAAAUGUAAUUCUGCUAGCUCUCAUGGUUCAUCCAGAUUGUUGAAAAAAUGGGUUCCGGAUGAUAUUGAAGAUAUUUCAGAUAUUGUGAAGCAGUAUUUUGAAAUGGGAAAAUUACUUGGUUAUGAUAUGGAGGGUAACAAAGAUAAGGUGAAACAAAUUUUGGCUAGUAUUGGUGUGAUUUAG